AGCGCAUUGUCCUCUGAUUGGUGCGAUGCGCUGCGCUGCGCGUGAGUUCCCACGCAUGUGCAGAGCGUGCGGAAAUAUGGCGUCCUCCAGUGAGAGCUCCGAGAACAGCGAAAGUUUCCUGAGAAAGCGACGUGGCGAUGCGCUUGUUUCAGACAGUCUUUCACACGACAGCUGCAGCGAGACAGUGCAAGACGAGGACUCGACCAAAUAUGACAAGAAAGUGGGCGUAUCGUUACAAACCGGGACCUACUGGCUCACACGCAUCGUGCUGCUGCGAGCCAUUGCUUUCAUCUACUUUGUGGCUUUCACUGUCGCUUACAACCAGAACACACAGCUCAUUGGAGAGAAAGGGCUCAUGCCUUGCAAGGACUACUUGAGGAGCGUCAAGCGUUAUGUGGGUGGCAAGAUUGGCUUUGCGGCCCUGGCGUACACUCCUUCAGUCCUCUGGUUUAUGGACUGGAAUGACAUGGAUGCCAACCUGGAUGGCAUUGCUCUGGCGGGAAUGGCUCUGUCAGGGUUUGUUUUAAUCAUGGGAAGUGCCAAUAUGAUCAUUAUGGGAGGACUUUGGAUCCUGUAUCACUCUAUUGUGAAUGUCGGACAGCUUUGGAGCGUCAAGCGUUAUGUGGGUGGCAAGAUUGGCUUUGCGGCCCUGGCGUACACUCCUUCAGUCCUCUGGUUUAUGGACUGGAAUGACAUGGAUGCCAACCUGGAUGGCAUUGCUCUGGCGGGAAUGACUCUGUCAGGGUUUGUUUUAAUCAUGGGAAGUGCCAAUAUGAUCAUUAUGGGAGGACUUUGGAUCCUGUAUCACUCUAUUGUGAAUGUCGGACAGCUUUGCUUUUCAGGUACUCCUUUGGGUUUGAUCAAGAUCAGAGGUGACCGCUGUUGGAGGGAGCUCACCUGCAUGGACUACCAUUACGAGACCCAGCCGGUGCCGAACCCCAUGUCCUACUACAUGCAUCACUCGCCGUGGUGGUUUCAUCGCUUCGAGACUCUCAGCAAUCACUUCAUCGAGCUCGUGGUGCCCUUCUUCACCUUCAUGGGCCGGCGGAUGUGCAUGCUGAACGGAGUCCUGCAGAUCCUCUUCCAGGUUGUUCUGGUCAUUAGUGGGAAUCUGAGUUUUCUGAACUGGUUGACUAUAGUUCCCAGUCUGGCUUGUUUCGAUGACGCUGCUUUGGUGUUUCUGUUCCGCCGCUCUGGACGAGCCAGACAGACUUUGCUGCAGAUUCAGACAGAGGAGGCUUCAGGACUCAAACCUCCGUCCUCGAAAGGUAUGUUGAUCAGGCGUGUGCUGAAUGCGUCUCUGGGGAUUCUGAUAGCGUAUCUGAGCGUCCCGGUCGUGAUGAACCUGCUGAGCUCCAGACAGAUGAUGAACACCUCGUUUGAUCCCCUGCGGAUCGUCAACACGUACGGAGCCUUUGGCAGUGUCACUAAGGAGCGGACGGAGGUGGUGUUUCAGGGCACGCUGAGCGUCAAUCACACUGGAGAGGAGGUUAUAUGGGAGGAGUAUGAGUUCCUGUGUAAACCUGGAGCUCUGGACCGAAGGCCGUGCCUCAUCUCGCCGUAUCACUACCGGCUGGACUGGCUCAUGUGGUUCGCUGCGUUUCAGGUUAAACAGGGAGAGGAGACGCUCUGUAUUUUCCAGAAAAUGGUCCCAAUUGCUUUGCGUGUGCUGAAUGCGUCUCUGGGGAUUCUGAUAGCGUAUCUGAGCGUCCCGGUCGUGAUGAACCUGCUGAGCUCCAGACAGAUGAUGAACACCUCGUUUGAUCCCCUGCGGAUCGUCAACACGUACGGAGCCUUUGGCAGUGUCACUAAGGAGCGGACGGAGGUGGUGUUUCAGGGCACGCUGAGCGUCAAUCACACUGGAGAGGAGGUUAUAUGGGAGGAGUAUGAGUUCCUGUGUAAACCUGGAGCUCUGGACCGAAGGCCGUGCCUCAUCUCGCCGUAUCACUACCGGCUGGACUGGCUCAUGUGGUUCGCUGCGUUUCAGUGUGGUUUCAGGUGGAUACAAGGAGAGCAUUUCCGCUAUAAAUUCACGCGGCCGGGCAGCAGCAGUGCGGCUCAGGGGAAAUGGUGGGUCCGGAAGCGCAUCGGCCCUUUCUUCCCCCCCGUUAACCUGGACAGCCUGAGGAGCUACUUCCAGUCCAGGAGCUGGCCUCUGCCCGGCUCUUACUAAGCCUCGGCCACAGACAGCCACUUUGUCUUUUUUUGUAUGUCACAGACUGAAGUAUAUCCUAUCUGAACUGUGCCAAAGACGAUCUGUUACAAAAGAGAUUUGUGAAGGCAACUCUUCUGUGUCUCUGAGGAGCAGAGCAUGUGUUGAAUCGAGGGCUGUUUCAAGCCUGCCAACAAUAACAAACACCGUUUCUGCUAUUAUGUGAUUUUGAGUACAAUCAAGCGUUACAAUCACAAUGCAGUUGCUGUUGAAUAUGAAAAAAGGCUAAUCGGCUAAUUUUUUUUUUUUUAAAUACAGAUUUUUUUUUUUUCUAAUAACCUUCUG